CAAGAAGACAGUUGGCCAUCAAUCCGUUUUCUUUUGUUCUCUUCAGUCUUUCUUGUUUCUCUUCCAUUCGAUCGAAACCCUAGCGAAUCCGGUGAUCAAGAAACCAAGCUCAGAGCCAACCACAGUGUUCCGAUGCUUCCCAGAGAGAGGAAUCGAUUGAUCCAUGGCCUUUACUUAGGGUUUCUCCUUCUCCUCAGCUGCCCGUCGGGAACUCAAGCUUCGAUCCAUGAGUACUUCAAUGGUGCUUUCACCCCUCGGAACAACUCCUUCUUCUUCCAUGGUGGUAGUGAGGGUCUCUACGCAGCCGCUUCUGGUGGCAAUCGCACUUCAUUCAUCAGGUUUGAAUCUGUUGUCUUUAAAAGGCCAAAGGAAUCAACAUCUCGAUAUCAUGCCAUGCAACGAAAUACAGGAUUAGUGGAAGCCAUAGUAGUGGAAGUUCGAGAUCGUGAGAGGAUAGGUGGUACAUAUUUCAAUUCUGAGCUUAUAUGCUGUACGCCUGAACUUCGUGAUAAAAAGAUUUGUGAAGCUGGGGAGGUAAUUAUUAAGAAAAGUUCUGAUUAUCAAGAUUGGCCAGUACGUAUUCAGACCUUUUUUGAGGGGACAGAUGAAGAAGCUACUAUGGAAACCAAAACUGUUUAUAUAAACAAAACUGGGAUGUAUUAUCUUUAUUUUAUGUAUUGUGACCCACUACUAAAAGGCACAACAAUUAAAGGGAGGACUGUUUGGAGGAAUCCAGAUGGUUAUCUGCCAGGAAAGAUGGCGCCAAUGAUGACAUUCUAUGGUUUUAUGUCUUUGGCAUAUCUUAUGCUUGGCCUCAUAUGGUUUCUGAAGUUUGUACGAUACUGGAAAGAUAUCUUGCAGCUUCACUACCAUAUUACAGCUGUGAUUGCUCUAGGCAUGUGUGAAAUGGCUUUCUGGUACUUUGAAUAUGCAAACUUUAAUUCUACUGGGACCCGGCCAAUUGCUAUUACACUAUGGGCUGUGACUUUUACUGCUGUCAAAAAAACUUUAUCUCGCCUUCUCCUUUUAGUGGUAUCAAUGGGUUUUGGCGUUGUCCGGCCAACAUUGGGUGGGGUAUCGUCCAAGGUUGCUAUUCUUGGUGUGGUCUAUUUUAUUGCUUCAGAGGCACUUGAAUUGGUUGAACAUUUGGGUAAUGUCAAUGAUUUUACUGGUAAAAAAAGGCUAUUCCUGGUGUUGCCAGUUGCUCUUCUAGAUGCAUGCUUUAUUCUCUGGAUAUUUUCUUCGCUAUCAAAAACACUAGAAAAACUCCAGUUGCGAAGAAGUGUGGCCAAACUUGACCUAUAUCGGAAGUUCACCAAUGCAUUGGCUGUGUCUGUGCUUCUUUCUGUUGCUUGGAUUGGUUAUGAGUUGUAUUUCAAUGCAACUGAUCCCUUGAGUGAACUUUGGCAAUGGGCUUGGAUCAUACCUGCCUUUUGGAAUGCUUCGGCAUAUAUACUUCUUGUGGUUAUCUGCAUCCUCUGGGCUCCCUCCCAAAACCCAACCAGAUAUGCAUAUUCAGAAGAUACAACUGAUGACUUUGAUGAAGAGGGAGUUCCACUCACUGGCAGUGGUGUGAAGACAACAGGAGAUAUCAUGAGUAAGCUCGAAAGAAAGGAACGGAAAACCACAGAUCAUGUAUUUGGAUUAGGUGAUGACCUUGAGGAGGAUAAACGCGAGUAGCAGAUGUCAUGUCCUGAGGGAGACUAUCUGUAUUAUGCUGAUGUUGGUGGAUUGCCCACUUGCACUACUGAAGUGAAUGAAAAUGGUGGAAGUUCUGAUAAUUUCAGUACCAAAGAUACAACUACCUUCUCUUGUAAAGUGUACUGUAUGAUGAGAUAUAUUUAACUCUUUAUGAUGGAAGGGACCAUAUUUUCUGUAGUUUUGAUCACUUUUAACUUGAACAGUCAGUGCAACCUGUGUUGAAAAAGAUCCAUGUAUACACUUAGUGGUGAUCGGACAAACUAUCGGCUUUGUAUCAUACCAAAUCAAUAAAUGGCUAUUAGGGUGUUUGAUGUCUA